AUGGCGGAUCCGGCGCUCCACCACGAGACCCGACCCAUAAACCAGAUCGCCGUGGACUACACGCCGGAGGCGUGCACCCACUGCCCGGAGACGAAUUCCAUCACCCUGACCUACGACCACCGCGGCGGCGCGCGGUGGCGGAGCACCAACCGCUUCCUCUACGGCACAUUCAGCUCCCGGAUCCAGUGCCCGAAGGGGAACACCAGCGGCCUCAACUUCAACAUCUACCUCUCUUCCCUGGAAGGAGACAAAUCCCAGGACGAGAUCGACUUCGAGUUCGUCGGAAAGGACAAGACCGUCGUCCAGACCAACUACUACACCGCCGGGACUGGGAACAGGGAGCAGAUCCACGAUCUAGGGUUCGAUUGCUCGGAUGGGUUUCACGAGUAUAUCAUCAAAUGGUACCCGGAUUGGAUCGAGUGGGUGAUUGAUGGGAAAGUUGUGCGGAAAGAAGAGAAGGAUAAAGGCCAAGGUGAGUCGUCUUCUUCGUCUGAUUCGAUUUGUUUCCCUGGAAAGCCGAUGUAUCUGUAUGCGUCGGUGUGGGAUGCUAGCUACAUCGAUGAAGGGAGGUGGACUGGGACUUACCAUGGCGGCGACGCCCCUUAUGUUUGCCACUAUAAGGACAUUCAUGUCCCACUCGGUACUGAAAUGGUGGAGGAGGAGUCUUGA